AUGAUUGCCAGAAGAAAAUUUUUUAAGAAUGGGAAACCUGUUAACUCUACGGUUGCUUUGAAUGCAGGCGACUUUAAGACAUGUGGGAAAGGCAUGGGGAUGUCAAUUUUGCAAGGUGGACCAGCACCCAACUUUUUGGCACCAGAAAUAGCAUCCUAUCUGGUUGGGGAACCACUUUCUCCAUUAUUAAACCAAGACCCUCUACUUAGGACAGCUGCUGAAAGAUUGGCAAAUGCAAAUACAGAUGAGAUAGUGACAGCAGCUCUUACAUACGAUGACAUGCUUGACGUGUUAGAAUCAAUAGGCUAUUCAGGCAUUCCCCAAAAGGAGACUCUGUCUGGAAUACAACCCAUUAUCCAGUCAAUUUGUAUCAAAGAUCAGUUAUCCCUACUGGUGCAAAUUGAAAGUGGAUUGGAUGAAUGUGGUAUUCUCAGUUAUUUGAGAAGAAAUACAGAAACCUGGAAACCUGUUUUUGCAGAUGGGAGUUAUUUUUCUAUUACUGCAGAUUAA